AUGGCGCUCUGGGCUGCCUUGCUGUGGAAGUGCUGGAUCCACCUGACUCUGCUGCUCGUCCAGGUCUCUUUACCUGAAGUUGCAGCUUCCUGUCAUAUCCUGAGGUGUAACUCGGAUUUUGUGGCUGCAACGCUGGACCUGGGCAGCAGCAGUAGUGGCAGUGGCAGUGGGGCAGCAGGAGGAGGAGCAACAGCUGUCAGCAGGGAGGCGGUGAACGCCGGUUACUGCAGCGCCCUGCGCUCGUACGCCACGUGCACCAAGAGGCUGUCGCGAGCGUGUCGUGGUGACCUCGCUUACCACUCUGCGGUCCAAGGAAUCGAAGAUCUGCUCAUCCAGCAUCGCUGCCCCCGGGUGGGGCCCACGGCACAGCCCCGGCCCCCCCCUGCUGAAACGCUGUCGGGGGACACCUGCCUCUAUGAGAGGAGCUUCUUCAGCAGGGAGGGGCAGACACCCGAAUACCUGCACUGCAGCGUGUUCGGAGACCCGCACAUCAGAACUUUCAACAAUGACUUCCACACAUGUGCCGUUCCGGGGGCGUGGCCUCUCAUCGACAAUGAGUAUCUGUACGUACAAGCCACCAGCUCACCAGCCAGGGGAGGCAUGUACGCCACAGUUCUCACCAAGAUCACCAUCAUCUUCAAGAACUGGCGUCAGUGUGUCGACCAGCAGCUGUACCAGGCCGAACUGGAUAACGUCCCCGCCGCCUUCGCUGACGGCUCAAUGUGGAGCGGCGAGUGGCGAGGUCAUCGCAGCCUCACGGUUCGGACUCUGAAUCCCGGCCGGCACGCCGAGAUCCGAGCGGUGCACGUCGGCACGGUCUUGGUGGUGCGUCAGAGCGGCCGCUCUCUCGGCCUCUCGGUCCUCUCGCCACGUGGCGUCGUUGAGGCGUUCAGCCCUGAGCAGGACCUGCAGCUGUGCGUGUGGGGCUGCCCCCCCUCCCAGAGACUCAACACACUUCACCCACCACCAUCAGACCCUUUGAUGUCCACCGCCCUCAGCGCUGAGGACCACUGCGCGGCGCUGCUUCCAGCUCGAGACGUCUACUAUCAGGCCUGCGUGUUCGACCUGAUCGCCAGCGGAGACCUGAACUCCAGCAUGGCCGCUGUCAGUGCACUGCAGGAUGCCCAAACCAUGAUCCCAGACAGGGAGGGGGUUCACCUGCUGCUGGUUGGAUCUGCAGGGCACACGCGACCUCACCUCACACUGCUGCUGCUGCUGCUCAGCAUUUUGGGAACUCUUAGCAGGACCUGA